AUGGCUUCAUCAUAUCCAAUUGAGGUUGAUGAUGUAGAAAUGAGCUGUAAAGGCAUGCAACUUUUAUUAAAUAAUGACAUUGACGCAUGUGAAGCUUUAUUUGAUCAAUAUCGAUUUUAUUCACCAUUAAUGAAUGGUGGAUGGGCAUUUGUUUCAUUUAUGAGAGCUGUAAUCUCCUUCGAUGAUCAACGUUUAGCACAAGCCGGUCGUAAUUUAGCUGAAUCAGAAAAAUUAUGUGCGCAUGAAAACUGGAAAAAAUUCACUCGUACAAUAAAAUCUGUUGAAUCAAACGCAGCAGCACUUGAAGAAAAUCUUACUCGUCGAAUCAUUAUAGCUGAUUGUAAAUUGUAUCAAGCUAUAUUAACUCUUAUUAAACAAGAAUUAUCCGGUUUGAUUGGUGCUGGUUUACUUUUACGAAAAGCAUGGAAAAUAUAUGAAAAACUUCAUAAUGAAUUAUUCGAUUUAUAUCGUGCUAAAGAUUCUAAUGCAGAAAAAGAUUACGGAUCAAAACCAGAAGAUAAUGUUGUUAUUCAAUUUGAAAAUAAUGAUGAAAUGAAAAAUGAUGAUGAUGAUGAUGAUGAUGAUGAUAUUUCUUUUAAAAGUUUUGAUAAUGCAUCAAAUGACUCAACAAAUGAACUUUCAUUAUACACAAUAAAGCGUCUUCUCGGCUCAGUCUCAUUUGGUUAUGGACUUUUUCAAAUAGCACUUUCCUUUGUUCCACCAAGAAUUAUGAAAUUAAUUAAAUUUCUUGGUUUUGAAGGCGAUAGAAAAGCUGCAUUAGCUGCUCUUCGAUUUGCUAGUCAAAGUACAGAUAUGAAAGCACCCUUAGCAAAUUUAACAUUACUUUGGUAUCAUUGUGUCAUUCAACCAUUCUUUGCAAUCGAUAUUUCAUAUGCACCAGAUAUGAGUGAAGCAAAAGCUAUAUUAAGACGUAAUGUGGAUAAAUAUGAUAAAUCAACAUUAUUUAUUUAUUUUCAAGGACGUCUUGAACGAAUUGAAAGAAAUCUUCCAAGAGCUUUAACAACAUUUCUUAGUGGACUUAAUGUACCGAAUAAUCAAUUACAAAGUGCAACAGUCAUAAGAUCUAAUGAAUUAGAUCAAAUAUUAAUUUAUGAUCUUGGAUUUUGUUAUUUAAUGAUGUUAAAUUUUGAACAAGCUUUAUAUUAUUUUACAAAAUUAAAAGAAGAGAGUCGAUGGUCGAAAGCAUUUUAUUGUUACGUUUGUGCAAUUUGUACUGCUGCAAUGUGUGAUGAAAAAACUUCAGCAGCAUUUGUUAAAGAUGGAAUUAAACUUAUUCAAAAACGAUCGAAUCCAAUUGAAUUAUUUGUGCAAAAACGCUUGGAUUAUUUGAAGAAGAGUUCACUACCAGUAUCUACAGCGCAUAUACUUGUAUUUGAAAUGUUAUACUUAUGGAUUCUUUUACCAUUAUGUGAAGCGUCAACAUUACGAAAAAUUUUACAAAUGGUCGAGUCAUACGGUCAAGAUUCAAAAGAUGAUAAUAAACUUCGUGCAACUACUUGUUUAAUUGAAGGAGCUAUUAACAAUAUACUGUUUCGCUAUGAUGAUGCUCAAAAUCGUUAUGAAGAAGCUUUAGCUCGAGUGGAGGAUUCAAAAUUAACCUUUACUCGAUAUGUAUCACCGUUUGCUACUUGUGAACUUGGUAUUCUUGAAUAUCUUCAUCGAGAAAAUACCGAACGAGCUAAAGAAUUGUUAACAAAAGCUAAAGAAAAAUAUACUGAUUUUGAUUUUGACAAUCGUCUACAAAUUCGAGCAACAGCUACACUUAAAAUGAUUUCUGCUCGAGAAACAUCUGCAACAACAACAGCAGCUUCUAGCAAAUAG